UUUGAAAAUGAGAUGAUAGCAUUCUUAUUCAAUUUCAAGCGUCCCGAGCUUCGAUCCAAAUCUUCAAUACCCACUCGGAUGAUCUUGAAAACGAAUGCGUUUCUUCUCUACCCAAUCACAACGAAAUGAUUUGCUCUGUAUCUCUACUUCACGUUCCCCCUCUUCCCCAAAGAGCCUCUCCCACUCCAAAUCCGAUCACCCAUCUUCUCCACAACUUCUCCUCCCCGUUUGAGCUGAAGCAAGUCCACGCCCAUCUCCUCAAAACCAAUUCUCCCCUCUCUUCCCUCCCACUUUCACGGGUAGCUUCCGUUUGUGCUCUGAAUUCGAGUUUCUCCUACGCCAAGCUAAUCUUUGAGCUCGUGGACGCAUCCCAAGUCGCCCUCUGGAACACUUGUUUGAGGUCUUUGGCCGAGGGAGAUUCCCCAGUUGAUGCCAUUUCACUUUUUUAUCGUUUGCGUGAGUUUGAUGUUUGCCCUGAUAAUUAUACUUGUUCGUUUGUUUUGAAAGCGUGUUCUCGGUUGUUGGAUGUUAGGAAUGGUAGGAUUGUUCAUGGGUAUGUAGAGAAACUUGGAUUGCAAUCGAAUAUGUUUUUGCUGAAUAUGAUUGUUCAUUUGUAUGCUUUGUGUGGCGAAAUGGGUGUUGCAAGGAUGGUGUUUGAUAAAAUGCCGCAAAGGGAUGUGAUAACGUGGAAUAUUAUGAUUGCCCAAUUGGUUAAAAGAGGUGAUAUCGAGGGUGCGUAUAAGUUGUUUGUUGAAAUGCCUGAGAGGAAUGUGAGGUCGUGGACUUCGAUGAUUGGUGGAUAUGCCCAAUGUGGGAAGCCCAAGGAGGCCGUCGAUCUGUUUUUGGAGAUGGAAGAAGCUGGUUUAUUGCCUAAUGAAGUGACGGUGGUGGCUGUUCUUGUAGCUUGUGCUGAUAUGGGGAACCUGGAUUUGGGGAAGAGAAUACAUGACUUCUCUAACCGAAUUGGCUAUCAUAAAAACAUUCGUGUUUGUAACACUUUGAUUGAUAUGUAUGCAAAGUGUGGGUGCUUGGAUGAUGCCUAUAGGAUCUUCAACGACAUGGAAGAACGCACGGUCGUUUCCUGGUCGGCUAUGAUCGUGGGACUCGCAGCCCAUGGACAGGCCGAGGAGGCUCUUGCAUUCUUCAAUAAAAUGAUAAACACAGGCAUGAAGCCCAAUGCAGUGACUUUCAUUGGUAUCUUACAUGCCUGCAGCCACAUGGGAAUUGUUGGGAAAGGCCGUAAAUAUUUUGCUAGCAUGACUAAGGAUUAUGGGAUAAUUCCUAGGAUUGAGCACUAUGGUUGUAUGGUUGAUCUUUUCAGCCGAGCAGGGCUGCUACAAGAGGCUCAUGAGUUCAUCAUGAACAUGCCUAUUGCACCCAAUGGUGUUGUUUGGGGAGCCCUCCUUGGUGGUUGCAAAGUUCACAAAAACAUAAAAUUAGCCGAAGAAGCCACCCGUCACCUCUCGGAAUUGGAUCCGCUAAACGAUGGAUACUAUGUGGUCCUAUCGAACAUCUACGCAGAAGCAGGAAGAUGGGAGGAUGUAGCCCGAGUGAGGAAGUUGAUGAGAGACAGAGGAGUAAAAAAGACUCCUGGCUGGAGUUCAAUCAUGGUAGAAGGAAUGGUUCACAAUUUUGUUGCAGGGGACGAGACCCAUCCUCAAACCGAGGAGAUAUACAAGACAUGGGAGAAGUUGCUCGAGCGAAUGAAGCUCGAAGGAUACGUGCCCAACACCUCGGUGGUGUUGCUCGACAUGGAAGAUGAUCAAAAAGAGAAGUAUUUGUUUCGACAUAGUGAGAAGUUAGCAGUAGUCUUCGGGUUAAUCAAGACGGGACCUGGAACUGUUAUUAGAAUCAUGAAGAAUCUACGAGUCUGCGAGGAUUGCCAUGCCGCUCUAAAGAUCAUAUCAGUUGUUAGUACCAGAGAAAUAGUUGUUCGGGAUAGAAAUCGAUUUCAUUGUUUCAAAAACGGUUCUUGUUCUUGUGGCGAUUACUGGUAGUUGUAGUUGAGAUAAAUGAUUUGUGAACUAA